GUAUUCAUUUUCGGUUCAUUUUCCCCUAUGAAUCGCUCUUAUCUUCUGAACUUUUGGGUUAUUUUUUCUCUAUUUUGUGCUAGUAUAAGCCUAACAACUUCAAGUAGCGUUGGAAAAAAUGUAAAUUAUGAGGAUUCUAUACAUAACCAAGUUGAAAAAACAUCCGACGAAUUCAAAUUCAUAACUUUAACACAAGAAAAUGGUGGUGCCAAAGACAUCAAAAGGGAAUAUCUUUUAAAUGAUGGUUGUUCUGGCACUUCACCCACUUUUUCAACUUCGAAUCAUUUAUUAAAGCGGUAUUCUGAAGGCUUUUCAAUUGGAGGGUCAAAUAAUAUUGUUUGCGAGAAUCCAGAUCCCUCAAUUGUCCCAAAAAUCCGCCGUAGAGGUUAUUGCAGUGUUAAGAUCGAAGAUAACGUUCUCGCUUUGUCGAACACCGAGGCCUUUCCUCCACCUAAGAAUAUCGGAUUUUGCUCAGAGUUUCAAUCUUCCAAUGUUUGUUGUAGUAGCUCUCAGAUCGAGGCGAUUGGCUCGGUAUUGGAGCCCUUGGUGAAUUUCUUUGGUAAAUGCCCAAGUUGCAUAGACAAUCUUAGACAAUUUUUUUGUACCAUCUAUUGCAGCCCAGAUCAAUCGCUAUUUUUUACGCCUUCCACUUCCUACAAUAAUAACACCGUCAACAUUCUCUUAUGCUAUAAUGUCAGUAUCAAUAUAAAAUUUGCAGAAGAGGUAUUCAACUCUUGCAAAGAUGUCGUCUUGCCUGCGUUAGGAAUACCUUCAGUGGGUGUUAUAGGCGUCAAUGGUUACAAAACGCUUUUCGAGCGCUUGACUCUCCUUUUGUCAACUAAUUCUGGUAAUCUAGGUAGUUUUGCUAUAAAUGAGUUCAAAGAUGCUAGUAUUAACAACAAGUCGAUCGAUCACCUCGAAUCGAAUACUACUAUUGGGUUAGACAUUCCUGACUUCAAAAACUGUUCUCAGGGGUGUUCCUGUGUCGACUGCCUAGACUCGUGUCCCUCUGAUUUGCGUUCGAACAUACCAAGCAAUUGUAUCUUGUCGAUGGCUAAACUAUGUUUCACUCCGUUUGGACUUCUUUGUCUGGUCUCUACAGUAACAAUACUUACUUACCUACACACUUGCACUGCCAUCUCGAUUUAUCAAUAUUUUAAGCUUCGAAAAGAAGGUUGGACCGAGCGCCCGCGAGAAUCAAACUCAGCAGACAACGACCAGUUUUCAUAUCAGCUAAACAAAAAUAACAUUUUUGGGAAAAUGUUUUACUAUCAUGGAGUGUUUGUAGCGAAACACUAUAUCCUCGUGAUACUUGUCUCUCUGUUGUUUGCUAUCGUCCUGUCGUCCUUCAACUACCGUUUUAGCUUCAUCGUUGAUCCCGUACAUUUAUGGACGUCUGUCAAGUCCGAGUCUUAUAAGGAAAAGGUCUACUUUGACACCAACUUCGGGCCCUUUUACCGCAUUGAAAUCUCUAUUUUGACUAAGAAAAAUACCAGUUCGGAAGACACUAUUAUUGACAAAGGCAACCUGAUGGCACUGGGAACGGUAUACAAUCAUCUCUCUGGCAUGGUCGUGGAAUAUGGCAGUGAGGACUCGAACGGCAAUAGGAAGAAAGUACGGCUUGAAGACGUCUGCUUCAAGCCGUUAGCAGGCAAGGGAUGCCUUGUCAACUCCGCGCUGGGCUACUUUCAAAAUAACGUUACUUCUCUUGAAAAUCAAGAAAAUCCUGUCACACACAUAGAAAUGUGUACUGGUACAUUCGCAUACACGCCGAUAUGUAUGAACGAUAUUGGCAUGCCCGUCGAUCCUAAGGUUGUCUUCGGUGGCUAUGAGGGAACAGACUACAUGAAGUCUAAGUCCUUGAAUUUGAUAUUUUUGUUGAGCCUAUCGCCUUCGAACCUCGAAGCGAUUCUGGCUUGGGAACAGGCUUACCUUGAUUAUUGGGCUUCAAAUCCUACCAUGGAUCAAGGAAUAGAGGUUGCAUACUCAUCCGAACGGUCUCUUCAGGAUGAAAUGUCUAAAGAACAAUUCGCGGCGGUUCCUGCCGCUAUCGUCUCCUACGUGGCAAUGUUCAUCUAUAUAGUCUUUGCGUUGGGAACGUGGAAGAGGCCUUACUUGGUCAAUUGCAAGUUUUCGCUGGCCUUGGCUGGUAUCUUCACCGUCAUAGCUUCGAUUUUAGCUAGCAGCGGACUAUGCAGUUUGUUGGGGUUUAAGGCGACGCUCAUCAUAUCCGAGGUAAUCCCUUUCUUGACAUUGACCAUCGGUAUAGAUAACAUCUUCAUCCUCGUAGAUGCGUUUGAAGCCAUGAAUUCAAUGGAGUUGUCUUUUGAGUCUAAAUUAGGCAACGCGUUGGCUCAGGUCGGAUCUAGUAUGUUAGUUGCCUUUGUGUCGGAAUCCACUGCCUUUGCUAUCGGGCUGAUCACUGAUAUGCCGGCCGUUACAAGCUUCGCUAUCUAUGCCUUCUUCUCGAUUGCUGUAAACUUUCUUCUCCAAAUCACCUUUUUCUUGGCUGUAAUAGCCCUAGACGCAAAACGCAGACAAGCGCGUCGCAUCGAUCUGUUUUGCUGCUUCUCUGUUCCUCAGGGAGAAGAAGCCCCUAGUAGGGGCGACGAAUAUACGUCUCCUUUUCUGCAAAACGAAGGUAGUCUGAUCUCCAGUGUCGAGAACAGAAAGGCCAGAAGCGGCCUAUUACCGACGUUUAUUCGCACCAAAUACCUUCCAGUAGUCCUUCAUCCGAUCGUCAAAAAAAUCUUGGUUUUUCUGUUUAUGUCUAUGUUUAUCAUGAGCUGCAUGCAGUCUACGAAAUUGAAAGUGGGCCUUCCAUACGACGAGGUUCUACCUGCUAGCUCUUAUUUGACGAACUACUUCAAAAAACUCGCAACGUAUCAAAAAGCUGGACCACCCUUCUAUCUUCUUGUCAGCGAACCUCUCGAUUACGGAUCCGUCGUUAAUCAAAACAAGCUUUGCUCUACAGACGCUCUCCCUGGAGGAUGUUCUUCCAAUUCUCUCAUGAACGAAUUUCACACUUUCUCCUUGUCAAAUGAUACUAGCUUCAUAAAAGGCAGCUCACUCUCGUCGUGGAUCGAUGCCUAUCUCCUGUGGCUCGACCCGAGCAGCGGUUGCUGCAAGAAGACACCCGGCGGUGUUAUCUGUACCAACAAUUCGCCGUUCUCUGACCAAUCAGACUGUUCGCCCUGCCUGAGCCCGGCUGAUUACGAUUCCCAUCACAGACCAUCAAAAAGCGCAUUUUAUGCUUAUCUAGACAUCUGGUUAACCAGUCCAUGCGGCAUGGAGUGUUCUUCUUGCGGAUCCUCCUUCGUCAUCAAUCUGCACUUGAACAAUUCCAACUCAAGUAACCCUGAACAACGUAUCAUCUCCACACGCUUUCAAGGAUACCAUCGCAACUUAGUCACCCAAUCUGACUAUAUUGAAGCCAUUACAGAGUCUUACCAACUUGCCCGUAAAAUCAGAGAAACUCAACACAUUGACGUCAUCCCCUACAGCAACUUCUACAUCUACUUCGAGCAGUACAUCCAUAUCUACAAAAACUCUUUAACGUGCAUUAGUCUGGCAAUUUUAUGCAUAUUCCUAGGAUCUCUGCUCUUCCUGAGAAAUGUCUAUGCGGCAUUCAUUGUCUCUGUCAUCGUCAUGAUGGUAGAAAUUGACGUUGUUGGUGUCAUGUCCAUAUGGGACGUCAGCUUCAACGCGCUGUCACUCGUUAAUCUGAUCAUGAUUAUGGGCUUAUCUGUCGAAUUUUGCAUACAUAUCUGCUAUGCGUUUGUGGAGACAAGUGGCAGCAAGGAAGACCGCGUUUUUAUCACUAUUUCUAAUGUCGGCACUUCAGUGAUCAGAGGUAUAUUUCUCACUAAAUUCGUAGGAAUUGUCCCCCUCGCCUUUGCUUCCAGCCUGCUCUUCAAGAUAUAUUAUUUCCGCAUGUUUUUCGCUACAGUUGCCAUAGCCGCUACACAUGCGUUUGUUUUUCUCCCUAUCAUCCUUUCAUCGUUCGGUCCGCGUACUAAUCACCGAAUGUUCCAGCUAUAUUAAUAGAAAGAUCACCCUUACCUUUCUUUGAUUAGCAGAAAUACAGAUAAAAGCCUUACAUAUUUUCAUAUGUAAAUAUAAUAUAUUAUUGUUCUCUUAUUGUUAUAAA